CCUCCUCCUCUCUCCUCCUCUCCCUAUCCCUCCUCUUCCUCCUCCUCCUCCUCCUCCUCCUCCUCAGUGGGCGGGUCUGUUUUCUGUCUGGGAUGUGGAUCAGAUGAUUGUGUCUGCUACGGACUGAUCUGCUCGUCAUGGAGAUCAAUGAAGUCGUCUGUCAGCAGGAUCGGCUGCAGCUCAUCGCGGAGAGGAGGAAAUGGCAGACAGAGGUGGAGAAUAAGAAGCGUCAGCUGGAGGACGACCGGAGAGCUUUGCAGCACCUGAAGUCGAAGGCUCUGAGGGAGCGCUGGCUGCUGGAUGGGGCGCCCGCUGCUGGACCAGAACACGAAGAAGUCAAGAGACAACUGGAGCAGGAUGAGGCCAAGACCAGGAGCCUGGAGGAGACCAUCAACAGGUUGGAGCAGGAACUGGUCAAUUUGGAGACCGGAGUUAUGUGUGAGACCAUAACACACACUAGUGUGAGCUCAGGUAAACCAGCUGUGGAGGUCAAAGGUCACAGUGUCCACCAGCAGGACAGAGCAGCACCACCUGUUCAGGUGACUCAAGACCUUGCAGAGGUCAAAGUUCACAAAAGUCCACGAAUGAACAAAGCGAGAAACUCGACAGAGGAGAUGAAGAGAGCCAUGUACUCGCUGGAGAUCACGGUGGAGCGCGACAAGCUAACGGGGGAAACGAGGGUUCUGUCCAGUCAGACUCGACUUCCCGUCGAUUUGUCUCUUCAGGGCGUCAAAGUUUACGAAGACGAGCAGAAAGUGGUCCAUGAGAUGAACGGCGAAGACGUCCACCUGCUUAGCUCCUCCGAGGUCGAAGAGCUCAUCCACAAAGCUGAUGAGGCGUCCAUGAUGUCACAGACUGUCACCACGGCAACCUCCCUCCCAACAGCAGAGGUCCAGCAGCAGCCGAGCCCCGAACCGCCGCCGCCAAUGCAGCCUCGCGUCACGGCCGAGAUCACCGGGCUGGAGGCCAAACCGGAAAGCGAGCCGAGCGUGGCCGAGGCCAGCGCCGAGAACCCGGUGACCAUGGUGUUCAUGGGCUACCAGAGCGUGGAGGACGAGGAUGAGACCAAGAAGGUUCUGGGGCUGCAGGGAACCGUGAAGGCGGAGCUGGUGCUCAUUGACGACGCCGACGGCAAGACGUCGCCGGGACGGGAGGAGGAGGAGGAGGUGGACAUGGCUCGUCCCAUCGCCCAAACUCCUCCCACUACCAAAGCCCCCACCACGACCAAAGCCCCUCCCACUGCCCCACCCACCUCCCCCAAACCUCCGGAGGCGACAGCGAGCAACGGGGAGACAGCGGCAGAGGCGGGGGGAGGAGCGGCGGCCGCGAAGAAGGAGAAGCAGCCGUGUAAGUGCUGCAGCAUCAUGUGACCUGACAGCGGCACCGCUAGCUAAGCUAACACAGUAACAUUAAACUCCAGGACUAAACCCUGCCCGCCCCGCCUCUAACCACAUGACAUCACUUCCUGUCUCCUCAUGCUCAUCAGUUUUAUAAAACUUUUACUUUUUAUAUUUUCUUGAUGCCCUCUUACUUUUUUACUCCUCCUGUUUCCAGCUGCGCGACUCAGAGCCCCUCAACAGCAUUAGCAUCAAUAUUAGCAUCAGUAUUAGCAUUAGCAUCAGCAUUUACAUUAGCACUAGCAUUAGCAUCAGGAUUAGCAUUAGCAUCAGCAUUUACAUUAGCAUCAGUAUUAGCAUUAGCAUCAGUAUUAGCAUCAGAUGUGCGGUCCUGACACUGUAACCUCUCUGUCUAUGCUGAAAAAUCAGACGUUUUGUUUCUCGGUUGUAUUUAUUUGUUCGUCUCCUGAUGCCGUUUCUGUCACAGGUCAUUCUGCCAGUUUGGUUUUUAUAAAACAGAAAAUAAAGUGACCUUAAAGAUGGGUCGACUCAGUGCUCAA